AUGACUAUGCAAACUUCAUCUUUAAACGAUUUGGCAUAUAGUUUGAUCAAACUUUUGGAUAGAAAUAAUAUCUUUCCACCAGCUAUUAAUAAUCCAGAAGAAUUAAUAGGAAGAUCAACACCAAACACACGUACAAGAAGACCACCAAAUGGGUUUUUAUUAUGUCGUAAAAAUGUUCAUAAAGAAGCUAGAUCGAAAGGAACUUGUAAUAUGCGUGAAACAUAUGAACAAUUAGCACUUGAUGUCCAAAAUUUACAUUCCCAAAAGCACCCAGGAUAUAGAUACAGACCAAAUUCACGUUCUAAUAAGGCAGUACCUAUGUAUCAUCCAUAUAUGAAUACAACACGUUCUAAGGCUGUGCCUCUAUAUAAUAAUUCAUAUAUGAAUACAUCAUCAACUUCAGCUUCUUAUCCUACUCAAAUGCCGAUUCCACAAGUUAAUUAUCAAACAACUGAUUUAUUAUCACAAUCUUCACAAGAAAUUGAUUUAUAUCAAUAUUAUCAAAAUCCAUGCAAUAAUAUGUCUUUGUAUUUUUAG